GCACCCAUUAUUCCUUUGCCUUGGAACCAGAAAGAUCCAUGGUUUGUACAUGUCCCUUCAUGCCCACUCUCUUGACUCAUCCAAAACAUAGACACAGAGACUGUAAGAGCCUCCUACAGACAAAGCAAGAAAGAAACAAUAAGGUCCACCAUCAAUUAUUUCUCGUUUUGGCUGAAAGGGAGAGUUUUCCCAAGUUAAAGACAGGAGGAGCUCUUACAGGAAUGGUUAGUCAGCCAGGAGGGAGGCUAAAAAUACACACACGUUGCCUGCAUGAAUGUCAAAGCCGUCCGGCUUCCAGCUGAAAUUCACUUCUCUCCAAAGUUAAGGACAAAGGCAAAAAUGGAAAAGAGACAGAACUGAUGAGAGGAGUGAAAGGACAAGCUGAUCAUGAUGCCUCGAAAUCUCUUCUACCUGUUUCUUCAGUUUAUUUACCUGGAACCUGCCGGCUCCUUACAGACUAAUGCCUGCAAGCUCUGUGACUGCAGUGGACUUGAGCUCCUGUGCCCCCCGCAAACUACAGUCACCAGGACCCCUGCGCUAGAACUGCUGUUUAGUCAUUUCUGUUUUAAAAUUAUCCCAUCAGAGGUCUUUCAGCAUUUCCAGCAAGACAUCACCAGCAUAACAAUUUCGGAAAGUGAUUCUCUGGAAAAAAUAGAGAGUUCUGCCUUUUCCAACCUCUCCAGCCUGACUGAAUUAACCAUCCAGAACACUAAAAAUCUCAUCCAUAUUGGCAAAGGGGCUUUUGGAAGUCUACCGAAAUUAAAAUACCUAAGCAUCGGCAAUACAGGAAUUCGAAAAUUUCCAGAUGUCACCAAAAUCUUCUCAUCGCAGUUGCAGUUUAUCCUGGAGAUUUACGACAACUUGCACAUAACCACGAUACCAGCGAACGCAUUUCAGGAAAUGAAUAAUGAGCCUGUAAUAUUGAAACUUUACAGGAAUGGAUUUGAAGAUAUCCAAAGCUAUGCAUUCAACGGAACAAAGUUGGACCAACUGUUUCUUAAUAACAACAACAAUCUCCAACACAUUCAUAAUGAUGCCUUAAAGGGAGCCAGUGGACCAAAUCGCUUAGAUAUAACCUCAACGGCAUUAGAGUAUCUACCGAGCUGCGGACUAGAGUUUAUUCAAGUCUUAGUUGCAGAAUAUUCUUACUACCUGAAGCAACUGCCAGCCCUGGACAAACUCGACAGUCUAAUUGACGCUCGCUUGACAUACCCCAGUCACUGCUGCGCUUUUAGGAACAUGAGGCUGAAAGAGCAAAACGCGUUACUUGAAAACCUAACAAAACAGUGUGAUUCUACGUCACCGAAACAAAUCAAUGGCACAAGUUCAAACGAAAUACCUUACAGUCUGCCGCUGUGGUUUGAAGAGAAGAAUCUAACGGCCAUGUUUUUCGAUCACGAUGAAGAUCUAAUCGCAGACUACGAGUACCUGUGCCAGCCCAAGAUCCUGAAGUGCAGCCCAGAACCCGAUGCGUUCAACCCUUGCGAAGACAUCAUGGGAUACAACUUCCUCCGCGUGCUGAUAUGGUUUAUUAGCAUCCUUGCCAUCGCGGGCAAUGCAGUUGUUCUCUUUAUUCUGCUCACAAGUCACUGCAAGCUCACGGUCCCUCGCUUUCUAAUGUGCAAUCUGUCCUUUGCCGAUUUUUGCAUGGGGAUUUAUCUACUGCUCAUCGCCUCCGUAGACUCCCAAACUAGGAGCCAGUAUUAUAACCAUGCCAUUGACUGGCAGACCGGGAGCGGAUGCAGUGCGGCCGGCUUUUUCACCGUAUUUUCCAGUGAGCUUUCAGUAUACACCCUGACUGUCAUCACCCUGGAGAGAUGGCAUACAAUAACCUACGCAAUGCAACUCGACCGUAAGCUCCGCCUACGUCAUGCCAUUCUGAUCAUGCUGGGGGGCUGGAUAUUUUCACUUGUGAUAGCAAUGUUGCCUCUCGUGGGCGUUAGCAAUUACAUUAAGGUCAGCAUAUGCUUGCCCAUGGACAUAGAGACCCCACUCUCACAAGCCUAUAUUAUAUUCAUUUUAGUACUCAACGUGACUGCCUUUAUCAUCAUCUGCGCCUGUUAUAUUAAAAUUUACAUAGCAGUGCAAAAUCCGGAGCUCACGCCGACAAACAAAGAUACAAAGUUGGCCAAAAAAAUGGCAGUGCUCAUCUUCACCGACUUCACGUGUAUGGCGCCGAUAUCAUUCUUUGCCAUUUCAGCUGCCUUUAAAGUCCCUCUUAUCACUGUGACGAAUUCAAAGAUAUUGUUGGUCUUGUUUUACCCUGUCAACUCGUGUGCAAAUCCAUUUCUGUACGCCAUCUUCACCAAGGCCUUCAGGAGGGACUUCUUUUUACUUAUGAGCAGGUUUGGGUGUUGCAAGACGCAGGCGGAACUGUACCGAGUGAAUAACUUCACCGCCUAUACCUCCAACAUGAAAAUGGACAGUUUAUAUACGGGACCGAAGAAAACAUCCCGGGACGAGUUACAUUUGACGGCGUCGGACUGUCAGCAACUGAACUUACGCGAGAAAGCCACCAGCACAGACAGUUAAUCUUUAUUUCCUCUCAAUGAUCUUUAUUUGCUUACAAAUUAUGUUGCACAUCUUUCAUCCCAGGAAGUCUGAGCUUUGUCGAUAGCCUGUGUGUGUCCAUUUGUAAAAUGUAUGGUUGUAAAUAGGACGUCUUAUUAGGGACUGGAAAUUUUGAUGCCUGUAAAGUAUUUUUUUAUUAAAUAUUUUAACGAAA